AUGGCGGACACUGCCUUGAAGCAUCGAGCUGAGUUUGCCUUUGCUCAGCUUGAGAACGAGAGAUCUCUGACAUCUCUUCGUGACGAGCUAAGGGUAGCUCGUGGGACUAUUGAUCGGUCUCGGGAUGAGAUAGCUGCUCUUCAGACCCUUGUCGAUGCCCACCAUCGGGAGCACAAAGCUCUCUGCGAGAUGCUUGAGCGCAAGGGCGUUCUUCAUCGGAAGAAGCAGCGUACUGAUGGUACGGCUUAA